UAUCUGUCUUUAAAGCUCUUGGGAGCCCUGGUGUCUGACAGUAGAGUACAGUAGAGCACAGUAGAGCAGGGCAGAGUGGAGUAGAGUUGAGUGAUGGAGCCUUCCCAGCAUCUUCCUGAUUGGCAGGGAGAUGUCGGCCAUCUUGGAUUGUAGCGGGGAAGAAGGAUUGAUGCGGUGACACGCGGCAUGUUUGGUGCUAACCGGAAGAAGUUUAUGGAGGGAGGGAUAGAGAGCGACUACGGGGACGACUCCAGCCUCUACUACAGCCAGCAGUCCAUGUUCCCUCCUCACCGUGCAGACAAAGACAUGCUGGCGUCUUCCUCUGCCUCCUCAGCGGGUCAACUGUCACAGCUUGGAGCCAGCUUAUAUGGCCCGCAGAGUGCUUUGGGGUUUCCCAUGAGAGGCAUGAACAGCAGUGCAGCUCCUCCGUUGAGUCGCAGCGGGUUGAACCAGUCUGCUGGUCAGCUCUCCAGUACGCCCAAUGCUGGCUCAAUGCACACGCCCCCCUCACCCAGCAGGGGGAUCCUGCCCAUGAGCAGCCGGAGCGUGCUGAACCACAGCCAGCAGGUAGGGGGUCCAACGGGGCAGGCAGGUGGGAUGGGAGGUGGAGGAGGUGAGAGGGGAGGCGGCGGCGGUGGAGGGAGGAGUGGCAGCAUGGGGAGUCCCAGCCGGUCGUCACCCAGCAUCAUCGGGAUGCCCAAACAGCAGCAAGCGCGGCAGCCGUUCACCAUCAACAGUAUGUCGGGGUUUGGAGUGAACAGGAAUCCAGGCUUCAUGAACAACUCGAUAUCCAACAACAUCUUCAAUGGCACAGACGGCAGUGAGAAUGUGACGGGGUUGGACCUGUCGGAUUUCCCGGCGUUAGCCGACAGGAGUCGGAGGGAUGGAGGUUCAAAUCCCACCCCGCUGCACAACCCGCUGACCGGUCGGGCUCCCUACGUUGGCAUGGUAACCAAGCCGUCCAGUGAGCAGUCGCAGGACUUCUCCAUCCACAACGAAGAUUUCCCAGCUCUCCCUGGGCCAAACUACCAAACGAAAGACCCCACCAGCACCAGCGAAGACAGCAAAACGAAUCUGAACUCGUCGGGAAAGUCCUCCUCCAACUCAGACGGUCCAAAGUUCCCUGGUGAUAAGAGCUCGGCACCGAGCAACAACAACCAGCAGAAGAAAGGGAUUCAGGUGCUUCCUGAUGGCCGAGUGACCAAUAUCCCUGUCGGCAUGGUAACAGACCAGUUUGGAAUGAUUGGCCUGCUGACGUUCAUCCGGGCGGCAGAGACUGACCCCGGCAUGGUCCACCUGGCACUGGGCUCUGACCUCACCACGCUCGGCCUCAACCUCAACUCGCCUGAGAAUCUCUAUCCUAAGUUUGCGUCUCCGUGGGCGUCGGCGCCGUGUCGACCGCAGGAUAUAGACUUCCACGUCCCCUCAGAGUAUUUAACCAACAUCCACAUAAGGGACAAGGUACAUCCUUCAAAAGACAGCCCAAAGUUAGCAGCUAUCAAGUUGUCUCGGUAUGGUGAAGAUCUGCUGUUUUAUCUCUACUAUAUGAACGGAGGAGACCUCCUCCAACUGCUGGCUGCUGUAGAACUCUUUAACAGGGAUUGGAGGUAUCAUAAAGAGGAGCGGGUUUGGAUCACUCGAGCUCCGGGGAUGGAGCCCACGCUGAAGACCAACGCCUACGAGAGAGGGACCUACUACUUCUUUGACUGCCUCAACUGGAGGAAGGUGGCCAAGGAGUUUCAUCUGGAGUACGACAAACUAGAAGAGCGACCUCACGUUCCCUCCACCUUCAACUACAAUCCUGCCCAGCAGGCCUUCUGAUUGGCUCUCCCUCCUCCUGCCUGCCUGCCAUUGGCCCUCCUGACCCCGUUAGGUUUUUCCACCUGCACACACUGAACAGGGAGGACGUCCCGGCUCCUGUCCUCUUCUCUGAACAGACUUCAUUGUUUUAUCUUUUUCAGAGUUUUGUUCCUUCUUUACCUCAUUUAUUAUUAUUAUUAUUUUUUUAUUUCCCACUUCUCCUCCAUCAGUUUGAUUUGGCUGGUCUGUUAAGUGGAGCACAGACACAAGCACUGCAAAUAAGUGUCCAUCUGAUCGAGUGAUUCAUGUUUCUUAAGAAUCGACUAUUUUUGUCUCCAGAAGCUUUUAAGAAAACCCAGAUUUUAACCCAGGAAGUGAUCACCUGUCAGGAUGGAUAAUUAUUUCACACCGUGUCGCAGCUCUGAAACAUUUUUCACCCUCUCUUUAUCAGGUUUAACCUCAGCAUUACAGAUCAGAACACAUCAUCGGACAGUCAGGAGAGGAAAUGCAAUGUACAUUGUAGCACUAUUUCAUAAUAAAAGAGGAAAAAAUAUCUUUUUUUUUUUUGGUUUCUUCGUGUUAUGAAGCGGGUUUAAUUUAAACAGACAGGUGAGAGUGCAGCAGGUGACGUCAUACUGCAGGGAAAUCUUUCACAAGUGGAUACAAGUACUGAAACUGGCGUCAGUCAUUUACAAAUGAAAGGCUGAAACUGUCUCAUUUUCUUUUUAAUAAACUCUUUGAUACAUGGAUUUGUCCAUGCAGAGGUCAACUUUAGAAUGAUUAAAUUAUUCUGGCUCUUACUUUGUGCCAUAUAUAAACAUAAGUACAGUAAAGGGGGUGAGCCUGUGUGGCUUCAUUUGACAAGAAAUAUGUGCAUUUCUCUGGAGUUCUUCUUGAUUCAAUAACUAGAAAAAUGUUUAUUCUUGAGUAAAUUAAACUCCGUUUACCAUAACUGCUGAUUGGGCUCCGGGGAAAACCUGAGUGGGUGGCACCAAAAAUUGUUCUAAGCAGGAAAAAUCCUGUAAAAUGCCAACAGGGCUGCAGCGUGAUUCUGAAUGUCUCUGUGUUAGCCUGCCAGGGUUUACUGUAAGCUCACAGCUCAUCCCACUGUCGGCUUAUCCUGAGAAUAAGUGGGCAUAAAAAAUGAAUAUGAUAGAUCAAUAGUUGGAUAGCUGCUCCUGCUGAUCAUCUGUGUGUCUAUAAAUCAAGGAAAUCACUUUAAAAACCUUUUUAGUUUGCUGUCGUGUCCGUACAUCACAGUAAGUUCAGGUUUGAGUUUUGUAGUUAAACACAUUCUGCUGCUUGUAUCCACUUUUUGAAGAUUAGUUACUUUCUGCACUGAAAGAUCAGAGAAGUGUUCACAGUUUGCCAUCGAGCGGCGGUCAGAGCGGUGAGGCGGGGUUUGGGGUUUAGUGAGGUAACCCGAGGUGUAACCAGCGCACCAUCAGCCGCCCCCGCCCCUUCCCAUCCAUGAUUUUAUUCUAAUUUUACCCCGACUUUAAACACUCCUGCUUUUGAAGCUUCCUGUUUCUUCACCUUUAACAUUAUUUUCUUCAUUUUCCGCCUGGUAACAGUCAACCCAAUCAGAUCCUUAUGGUACCACCGCCAUACCUGUAAGCUGAAUACAAAGCUGCAUUCAGGAGCUAAUUAGCAUAGCUUAGCAUAAACACUGAAAGCAAGUGGAAACUGCUAGCCUGGCUCUCUGGAAAGUCCCCAUUUAAACAUGUUUUAAUUUAAUCUGUAGAAAACAGGAAGCAGAAAAACUGUAAACUCUUUUUCUGCUUCAUGUUUUUCUGUUGGGACCAGUUUACUCCAAGGAAAUUAGGAUUUUUACAUUUUUAAUGCCGCUUAAUGUAAUUAACGUCUUAAUCAUGAGUGGUGCUUUUAUGCUAACUGUUGAAGCCCAUGUCAGUCUUUAUGCUAAGCUAAUUAGCUCCUUGCUGUAGCUUCAGAAAGUGUCGCUGAUCUGACUUUGAAAGUCUUUCCUUUAAAACUUCAUCACAAAACAAAAAUCAUCCCAAAACCUUUAUUUUAAGGCUCUUUGAGUUUUCCUUUAAAUGCCCCCAGGAGGCGCCACUGUUCGGUUAUGUACACGUAUUUUAAAUGCGUGUACAUAAACAUGAGGCAGCAUUUUUAGGAAAAACAAAAAGGGGUAAAACAGAAAAGAAACCCCUCCCUCUUCAGCUGGCCGCCACUUAAUGAUGCAAUACUCUCAUUUCCUGUUACGGAGCCGGUUUCCAGGGGACCACGCCCGACUCCGCCCACCUAGGAACAACAAUCACGGGAGGAGGGGCCAGCUCAUUCACACUGCAGCAGCAGCAAAGCCAAGGACACGCCCACAGACCCGUGUGACCUGUCUGAGGAGUUUUGAUUGGAGGAUGAGGACUGAGGCACUUGGCCGUUGGCUGUUUUAUUAAAUAUGGCAGCUAGUGUUUUAAUA